AAAACCCUAGCCCCCGCCCCCGCCCCUGCACCAUGGUCGGCAGCGAGGAGCCCGAGUCCCCAUGCCUCCCCGCCCUCAAGUGGAUAGAAACCCACCAGAGGAGAGCUGAGUGCCGCUCCUCCUCUGUCUCUCUUGAUUCCCAGCCCACCCACCCAACCCGUUGCCGCUGACAUCCAUCCCCUCCGCCAACCUUGGCCACCGGAGACCACUCCCCUCCCCUCCUCUGCCACGGCUGGGUCGGACCCUCCUCACUCGCGCCCUAAACCAAGCCGCACCGCACGACCAUGGCGAGAUCCAGCAGCGGCCAGAUCCAGCACCAGACUACAUUCCAGACUAGUUUAGAAUCACAAAUACGUGAUUUUAAAAGGCAAAUCGGUGGCUCUGGGCCUCAAUGCCUUCGCCGGUCGGGUGUUUGAUGGCGGACGCGUCCACGGACGAGGUGUACGCGCAGCUCUCGCUGCUCCCCGAGAACGAGGAGGUGGUCCGACGGAUGCGCGAGUCCACUGAGGACAGGAGCGGCGACGAGGAUGGCGAGACCGUCAAGCAGCGCUUCGCGAGGAUGUUGCACAUGUUCUGCAAGACGCUCACCGCCUCUGACACCAGCACCCACGGCGGCUUCUCCGUGCCACGCUGCGCCACCAAAGACUGCUUCCCCCUCUGGAUUACAGCCAGCAGCGGCCGUCUCAGGAGCUGGUCGCCAAGGAUUUGCACGGCACCGAGUGGAAGUUCCGCCACAUCUAUCGAGGCCAGCCGUGCAGGCACCUUCUAACCACCGGAUGGAGUGCGUUUGUCAACAAGAAGCUUGUCUCCGGGGACACUGUACUGUUUCUGUGGGGCGACGAUGGGGAGAUUAGGCUGGGAGUACAUGUGCGGUUCAGCUAGAAAAUGGAUUUGAUUUUCCGGCGCUUUAUAGCCAAUGCUCGAAUCUUGGGACACUAGCUAAUGUUGCUCAUGCUGUGGCUACAAAGAGCAUGUUCCAGAUCUUCUAUAACCCCAGGAUAACAUUCACCCCGACUGUGCAGCACUGCAGUAUGGCUACGGUGACUGGCCUGUGCCUCAGGCUUACGUUGAUGCAAAACCCGCGCGACUUGGUGAGGCUGAGGCCAUCACCGAGCUGCAGGCUGGAUACAUGCAUGCGGACACAGCCACGGCCGCAGCUCUCUGGAAACCAAGACAGCGACAGCAUCGACGGGAUCCUCGAACAACCCGCGUCCUUCUGCCUGCGUCCUUCCCCUACCAUGCUUGCGACCUGCAUCCAGCUAUUCCUGCCCCGAGCCUCCUCAACUUGGCUCCUGGUGAGCUGAUGUAGAUAUUUUGCGUAAAUUCAAGAUGAAAGAUGUUCAAAGAAGCUCAAAGACAUUCUUACAUAGCAAGUUAUGUAGUAAUAGCUGGGUUAUCUGGGCAUUGUGAACUCUAGAAUUUCAUGUAUCUUCUCUCCGUAUCUGAAUGAAAUUUUGUAUA